AUGGCGCUAUCAGCUGCCCCUGGCGUCGAGGCACCGCCGUCCGGGAAGCAGCUCAGCUACCAGCUCGCCGCUGCUGUGAGGAGCAUCAACUGGACUUACGCCAUUUUCUGGUCCUUGUCCACCGGCCUGCGCCCACCUGGAGUUCUGACGUGGAAGGGCGGCUUCUACAACGGCGAGGUAAAGACGAGGAAGAUCAUAAGCUCGACUACCACGGAGGUUACCGCAAACGACCUCAUCCUGCAGAGGAGUGAGCAGCUAAGGGAGCUCUACGAGUCUCUCCUGUCCGGCAAGGCGGACCACCGGGCGAGGCGUCCUGCCGCCUCGCUGUCCCCGGAGGAUCUCGGGGAAGCAGAGUGGUACUACACGCUGAGCAUGACUUACUCAUUCCGGCCUAGUCAAGGGUUGCCAGGCAAGAGCUUUGCGAGCAAUGAACAUGUUUGGUUGUACAAUGCUCAAUACGCAGACACCAAAACUUUCCAGCGCGCUCUCUUAGCAAAGGUAUCUUAUAUUCAGACAGUCGUUUGCAUUCCCUUCAUGGGUGGUGUGCUGGAGCUUGGAACGUCGGAUUUGGUGUUGGAGGAUCCAGACAUGGUGAACGGGAUCGGCACAUCUUUCUGGGAGCUACCCUUCCAGGCAUGCUUGGAGUCAGAGGCGCCAAGCUCCAGUCCAUCAACAAACGAAACUAGGAACAGGGAUGUAGAAAUCAUCGUGUUCGAAGACCUUGAUGACAAUAUCGCCAAGGGGUUCAUCUCUGAGCUAGGCGAGGUCGAGAGCAUGUCCGACGCGAACAUCAAUUGCGUCACCGAGGAAGUGGAUGAUUUCUAUGGCCUCAUUGAGGAGUUGGACGUGUGUGCUCUUGAGGACAACUGGGUCAUCGAAAGGUCCUUUGAGUUCAUGUCUUCCUUGGAAAUGGCGCCAAACAUGGAAGCACCAAGAAUCGAUGAUAACACCGUAACUUUAAGUAGCUCUGUUAAUGGCUCUCGUCCAUCCUGCUUUACCGUAUGGAAGAGGUCAUCAGACUGGGAAGACAUGGAUGUGCGGGAUCCCGGGGAGUCACAAAAGUUGUUGAAGAAAGUUGUGGCUGGCGGUGACUGGACAAUGAGAGCUCAAGAAAGUAACAUCAAGACACAUGUCUUGUCGGAAAGAAGACGCCGGGAGAAGCUCAACGAGAUGUUCCUAGUUCUCAAGUCAUUGGUCCCGUCCAUUAACAAGAUGGACAAAGCAUCCAUCCUCGCAGAGACGAUAACAUAUCUCAAAGAGCUAGAGCAAAGGGUAGAAGAGCUAGAAUCUAGCAGGACACCAUCAUGGCACCCAAAAGAAGGAACGGGACGGGGACUCCAUGAUGUUGCCGGAAGGAAGAAGAUCAAACUAUCAACUGGAUGCAAGAGGAAGGCGUCGGAGUCAGAGAGGGAGGAUGGCGAUGGCCCAAGCAAUGUUGUCAAUGUGAUCAUGAUGGACAAGGAGGUGAUCUUGGAGGUGCAAUGCCGAUGGAAGAAGCUGUUGAUGACACGAGUGUUCGACGCCAUCAAGAACCUCCGUUUGGACAUCGUCUCCGUGCACACAUCCACACCGGGUGGCCUUCUUGAACUCAAGAUACGAGCCACUCACCAGGUUGCGGCUGGUUUUGCUACCGUGGCACCUGGGAUGAUCACUGAAGCGCUUCAGAAAGCUAUAGGCAACCGCUGGCAAAAUUAA